UCGGUCACCCCACCCCGGAUGGAGAAGGGCCAGCUGCUGCGGGAGUUACACAGCACCCGGGAGGCCUUGGCUGACCUGGGCACCAGGGUGCACCUCACCGCCAAGGCCAAGCAGGGCCUGGCGCUCUGGGCCCACACGCUCCCCGCCCAGGAGGCCGCCUGCCUACUGGUGAUCCAGACCCUCCAGGGGGAGCAGCGAGACCUCCGGGGACAGCCGGACCCCUCCCCAGAAAGCAGCGGCGGCAGCAGCAGUGAGGAGGAAGACUCUGGGGCCUGGGCCCCCAACGGCCUUCCUCGGAGGAGACCCCCGGCUGCACCCAAGGACACGGAGGGGAGCCUGGCCGGGAGGGAGCCGGAAGCCCUCAGGCUCCGAGUUCUGGAGACUUCGGCUCGGAUCCGGGCCCUGAAGGAACGUCUGGAGGGUCUCUGGGUGGAGCUGGAGGAGAAGAGCCAGGACUACAGGGCCCAUGAGGCACAGGAGAUGGAGCUCAUGCAGGACCUCUUCCAGGCCCAUAGCUCCCUCCUCCUCACCUACCAGAAGGCCCGCCAGAAGCAGGACACGCAGGUGGGCCAGCUGGAGGCCCAGGUGGGGCUGAUGACCAGGCGCCAGGCCAGGCAGCGCCAGGCCCUCCUGCAAACCCUCCGGCGACUGCAGGACCAGGUGCCCGCAGGGGCACCGACCGGCCUCCCCCAGGCCCCUGCGUCGGGUGAGGGCACCCGGGACCCGCCCAGGAGUUUGGAGACCCCGCCCGUCCCGUGGAGCCGAAAGUGAGGCCUUCUGGACACACACAGACGCAGCAAAGGGGGGGACGGGGCAAGGGUCAUUUACACACACACCCCCAAUGGCCGGUCAGCCUCGCCAGGGAGAGCAGGCGGGAAUCAUGGCCCCCCCGGGGCGACCUCUUUGCAGGAAGUAUAAAGCCCCCUCUUCUCUCUAAGACAGUGUUUCUCAACCUUGGCGACUUUAAGUCC